UCUCGAUAAAUUAAAUUAAGCGUAAGAAAUCUAAAGACAGCUGGUUUUGAGAGCGGGAAAGUGUGCGCCAAACACAUAACACACGCCUAUAUAAAGGCAAGUCAACACCAGUUCUUUCUUCGUCAGUCUUCCUCCUGUGCCCAAUUCGUCCACAAGAGUAGUACGAAACGAUGCCGUCGUCUGCUGCUUUGUUUUGCUUGUUGGUGUCCAUGUUGGCUGGAUCCUGCUGGACACAGGACCUGAACGCUCGCGUAUUUUUGGCUGGAAAAUCACCAGUCAGUGGUGUCCUCGAUUUGACCGAAUCAGCAGCGGCCGGUGGAGUGCGGAUCGUCGGCCGGAUCACUGGAUUGACGCCGGGCAAACAUGGCUUCCACGUUCAUCAAUUCGGCGAUGUAUUCAGCAAAGGAUGCGAUUCCACUGGCCCCCAUUACAAUCCCCGCAAAGCUCUUCACGGUGCCCCUCACGACGGCCCUGAUCAGCGUCACGCUGGAGACCUGGGCAACAUUGUGGCCGAUGACCAGGGACUAGCCGUCAUCAAUUUCGUCGAUACCGUCGUCUCACUUAGCGGGCCAGAGUCCAUCCUGGGACGGGCUUUUGUCGUUCACGCUGCCGAAGACGAUCUCGGACGCGUUGAGAACGAAGGCAGCACCAAGACGGGCAAUGCAGGUGCCCGUCUCGCUUGCGGCAUUAUCGCCAUCGUUCCAUAAUUUCAUUUAAUUUGUUUUUUAAAAGUUAUUUUUAUCACGAAAGUUGCAAAAAAUGAAUCUCAUUAUAGAAUGUAUAUCGGGGCAAAUAUAAAACGAGUCAAAUAAAUGGCCUUAUUUUCAAUCGA